AUGACCACAAUAUCACAACAGCAGUCGGCGCUCGGGCUGGAAUUUGGCAUCCCCGCACCCGCGCCGGCGACGCGCGCCGCGCUCCCCCGCUCCGUUUCGACGCCGCUCGCGUUCCCCGCCCCGCCCUCUCCGACGCUUCUGGAUCCCUCUGGCUCGCCGCGCGUGAGCGUGCGCCGUCUCGCGACCGACUUUGAGGAGCGCGACCGCGCGCUCGAGGCGGAAGAAGCGCGCGAGCGGGAACACAGCCACGCGCCGUGCGCGACGCCCGCACGCCUUUCGCCGCGCAGCCCGUACGCGCACGCCGCCGAGCCCGCCGGCUCCCCGCCCUCGCCGUACGGGCGCAAGCGGUUUGCGCGCAGCGAAGCGCUGCUCGGCAAGUUUGUCGAGAGCGUCGUGGACCUGUCUAUGGGCCACACGGAGGAGGCGCGCGCGCGCAAGCUCAGCGCGCGCGAGCGCAAGACGUCGUUCCGGAUCAGGAAGAACACGGGCUCCAGCACGCCGGGGAGCGUGCCGGCUACGCCGCCGACCGCGUCGUCGCCCCACCUCGUGCUGCAGCACGCGCACGAGCGGCACCAAUCAGCGUUCCACCUCCCCUCGUUCCUCACCAGCGAGAAGGAGCGGCCGGAGAUGAAGCGCUCGUUCUCUCUCGGCAAGGGCUUGCGCGCACUGCGCAAGAGCCGGGACAGCACGCCGGGCACGAGCGCGAGCACGCCGGGGCCCGAGCUCGAGAGCCCUACAAGAUCGGGGCGACGGGUAGGGCGAUCGCCCCACGCCCGGAUGAGCGCGUACGACUUCCUCGCGGAUGAACCUCCUCCCACUCCUUCUCCAUCCACAUCCACAUCCACGUCGUCGUCGGACAAGAAGCGUCUCUCGCUCAAGCUCUUCUCGCGCAAGCACGAGAAGCACGAGAAGCACUCGCCCGCCAAGCCCGAACAGCCCGAGCGCCGCCCCUCCGCCCAAGCCAUCCGGCCCGGCACCGUCUCGUCCGCUGUGGCUGCUGUCGAGCGCCCGGCGCUGUACGCACGCGCACACACCCACCCCGGCCUCGUGCAGGCCAUCAGCGUGCCGCCGUCGCCGCCGCGCACGCCCGACGCGCUCCGUGCGCACCCGGUAUCCCCCGACGGCCAGAGCCCGCCCCGCCCCAUCGUGCCCACGCUCUGCGACACGCCCUUGCGCGAAGACGAGCCUGAUUUCGCAUCCACACAUUCCGGGACUACUGGUGACGCUUCGGACGCCGACGCGUAUACGCCGCUCGACACGCCGGAAGACCUCACGCACGGGCCCCCUACUCUCGAAGCAGGCGACAUGUCGGUCAACGUCAACGUCAAUGUGCGUACGGGGGGGAAAGAGAAGGAGAGGUGCAGGACGCCUUCUGUCAAGGCGUCGUCUAAGGCGUCAUCUGUCAAGGCGCCGUCUGUUAAAGCGCCGUCCGUCAAGGCGCCGUCCGUGAAGGAGACCCCUGCCAAAGCGCCAUCCGUGAAGGACUCGCCCAAGCCCAAGGCGCCGUCGGUCAUGGAGUCGCCCAAGCCCAAGGCCGCGUCUGUCAAGGACUCGCCCAAGCCCAAGGCCGCGUCUAUCAAUGACGUGCCGCCCGUUGUCAAGAACGCGCCUUCCGUUGUCGAGGCCCCCAAGGUGCCGCCGCCCUCCGCUGUCAAGGAAGCCAAACCCGCGUCGAUCAAGGAAGCGCCCAAGCCCGCGUCAGUAAAGGAGACCCCCAAGCCUGCGUCCGUCAAGGAGGCCCCCGCACCCAAGCCCGCGUCCCCCAAGCCUUCGGACAAGGGCAAGGCGGCCGAGUCGCCCAAGCCUGCUCCGAAGGCCGCAGAGUCGCCCAAGCCUGCCCCCAAGGAAGUCAAGGAAGUCAAAGAAGUCAAGGCCGCCGCGUCUACCCGCCCCGUGUCCCCCAAGCACGCGUCGGUGAAGGAGAAAGUCGAGAGCGUCAAGGCCGAGUCUGUCGCUUCCGUCGUGACUGUCACGGAGGUGACAAAGACCGUCAAGGAGAUCAAGAAGGUCACGAGGGAGGUUGUGCGCGAGUCGACAGUCAUGCCUGAGGUGAAGUCCAAGUCUGUCAAGGCGGCGUCGGUGAAGGAAGCCUCGGUGGAAGAGGCUGCCACGGCGCCUUCUGUAAAGGAGGCUCCUAAGCCGCCGUCCGUUAAGGAAACCCCGAAGACUCCCUCCGUCAAAGAGGCCCCCAAGGCGCCGUCCGUCAAAGAGACUCCCCAGGCUCCGUCGGUCAAGGAAACGCCCAAGGCCGCCUCUGUGAAGGAGGCCCCCAAGGCGCCAUCGGUCAAACAGUCUCCCGCGCCCGCACCCAAGCCCCUCCCCACCCCCAAGGCCGCGCCGGCCGUCAUCCCCGCUCCGCCCGUCAAGAAGCCCGAGUCUGUCAAGGGCGACCCGGCCAAGGCCGGCAGUGUCAAGGCGCCGUCCCUCAAGACGGCGAGCCCGCCUGUCCCCUCGGCACCCAAGGCUCAGCCAGUGGAGGUGAAGGAGGCGCCCGCCCUUGCUCCCGCCGCCCCAGCAGUCAAGGCACCCCCCGCUCAUGCGUGUACGCACGUCGCCAACGCGGUCACCCCCGCACCUCCGUGCGCCCACGCCUCCUCGGCAAGUGUACCGCUGGUCAAAGCUAUCCCCCAAGCUCCGGUCGUUGUGUCCUACCCUGCCUACCCCGCCCCACACUGCCUUCCCUACGUCACGAAGCCACUGCCAUCCGACAUCACGAAGCGCGUGGUGGUCGAGCUCUCCAUUCCACACGGCACACCCGCAGGAGACGUAGAGCGGAUCAUGUACGCGAGUGCGGGUGCCGAACGCGGCGACCGCGCGCCCGCCUGCGAGAAGCCGGCGGAGAAGCCUCAGCCGGGCACGAAGGCAGGCCACGCGCCCAUCGCCAUGGUCGACUACAAAGCCUUCGCGCCGUCGCCCUCCAAGAAAAGCAGCAUCCCCCGCCGCGUGACACCGCCCGGCUCGCCCACCCCCGCCACGCGCGCCGUGCCCGGCCCACCCACCCCGGCCACACCUGCGCACAAGACCGCCGCGGGCCCGCCUGCCGUUGCGACGCCCGCGCACAAGACCUCGCCGGGCCCGCCCAAGCCCGCCACGCCGUCCGCGAAGACGACCCCCGGCGCACCUGUCACGGUCCACAUCGCGAAUGGGGACGUGAAGGUGACUGUUGGUGAGAUGGCCAAGGCCAAGGCUCCGGCGCCAGCGCCAGCGCCAGCUCCCGCUGCGCCCGUUGCUGCGCCUGCCCCGGUGCCUGCUCCUGUCGCCGCUCCGGUGCCGGCGCCUGCUCUGAGGGCUCUCCCUGCUCCUCCACCCCCAGGUCCGAAGGUUGUGCCGGCGCCUGCACCAGCUCCCGUCACUGCUCCUGCGCCGCCUCCUGCAAAGACAGCCCCUGCCCCUUCGGCGCCUGCACCUGUCGCCGCACCUGCGCCUGCUCCAGUCGCUGCACCUGCGCCCGCUCCUGCUGCUGCCCCCGCCCCGGCUCCAGCUGCACCUACGCCUGCCCCCGUAGCGGCUCCCCCCGCCGCGCCGCCGGUACCCGCCCCGGUCGCUGCUCCCACUCCAGCUCCACCAGCACCCGCCUCCGUGGCCAAGCGCGCCCAAAGCACGACGGGCAAGAACGUCAACAACAUCUCGCAGGUCGAGGCACCGAAGCCGGCUCCUCCCGUCCCGGCACCGGCAGCUGCACUUGCCGCUCCCGCUCCUGCUCCUGUCCCAGCACCUCCAGCGCCUGCGCCCGUCGCCGCGCCAGCGCCUGCUCCCGUCCCCGCUCCUGCACCCAUCGCCGAGCCAGCCCCUGCUCCAGCUCCCGUCGCCGCCCCCGUCAUCACUUCCGCUCCUUCUCCCGUCACCGCGCCAGCUCCCAUCCCCGCUCCUGCCCUGGCUGCUCCGGCUCCAGUGCCCGCUCCGGAAGAGAAGAAGGUCGAGGAGAGGAAGGAAGCCAAGGUCGACGACAAGAAGCAGGCCAAGGCCCAGCCCGACAAGAAGGACAAGGACGCCGACUCGAUCCGCUCCAAGUCUUCCAAGUCCACCAAGAAGGACAAGAAGGACGAGCAAAAGGACAAGAAGGACAAGGACAAGGACGCCUCACGCCGGCACCGCCUCCCGUCCGACAUCGACGACCGCCGCCCGGACCGCAUCUACCCCGGCCACCCCGCCUAUCUGCCAGCAGGCAUCCCGCUCGCGCCCGCGCCCAUGGUGCCCCUCGCCGCGCGCCCCGCCUCCUACCUCCCCAUAGUCCCCGUGCGGUAUGCGCCGCCCCUCGCCCCCCUCGGCAUGGGCAUGGGCAUGGGUAUCCGCCCUACCUUCCCCGUCGUCGGCGUGCCGGGCAUGCCUGUGCCGGCGCCUGUGGCGCACGGCAUGGUGUCGCCGAUGCCGCAUAUAGGCCCCGGAUUCUUUGUGCCACACCCCUAGUUGUUAUACCCAUUGUGUAGUAGUAGCAUUGCAUUGCAUUAUGACAGUUAUGACUUGGC